GCCUCGGCUCUCGCUAGUCAGUUGUUUGUGGCCGUCUUGUCGUAUGGUGCGCGUCCAAAUCGCUCGAACCCGACAAAGAACCAGCGAACUUUUAAAUGGAAAACACGUAGUGGUGGUGUCAGUGAGGACUUCGGUCGUGGGGUUGCUCCAGGAGGCGGUAAAUGUGGCGCAGCCCGCGCACAAAUCGGCAACAAUGCACCAUGGAACAGCUGAAUCCCCACCACUCAGCACACUCCGAAAGGUCUUCAGGGCUCUUCGGAAGCGCGUGCCCCCAAGAAUCACCCCCUCAUGGCCGUCGAGCCCACUUGCAGUUCCCUCCCCCACCUAAUUACCCUCCGCCUUCCACUUCUGCCAUGUCCGAAGAGCACUUACUGAGCGCUCCAGGACCUUCCACUCAAAAUGCUUGGGAUAUGCCUAAUGACUACUCUUACGCCUACUACGUGCCGGGACCUCCGACCAGACACACCAACGUGCCCAGCAGGUACCCAGGGACCUACCGGGAGGGCUCCUACAGGACUCGUCAUACCUAUCUAACGCGCUACGGGACCGAGGAGAACAUCUACGAGGAGAUCAGCGAGGUGGCCCGGGCCCGUCUGCGUCCCCAGCAGAGCAUCAUGUCCAUCAACCAGACCCUCGUCGAGGAGGAGCUGCGCCGGGUGCAGAGCGGCCACCGGCGCGUCCUCGGGGAACUCAACCUGUCGAUCGAGGCCAUGUUGAUGCCGUCGUCGUCCCGCGAGGGUAGUGACGAUACGGACCGAGAGGGUGAAACCGAGGACCAGUUGGCCGAUUUGUUGACCAUCGGACCUACCGACGACUUGCUGUCGCCCGUGCCUUUGGUCGAUCUUGACAGUGGGUUCAGUGGUAGUUCUAGUGGUGCUAGUUAUCGCAGUGGUGCCGGGAGUUUGAGGCGGGGACCUGAAAGGCCCAAGUCGGUUUCAGGGGCUGCGAGGACUUCUACGCCCACGGAUGGCGGCAGCAAGGGCUUCUGGGGGAAGAAAGCCUGGAAGAAGCUGACGGGGUUUCCGAGCAAUAUUAGCCUCAACAAGAACAAAGACGAACCCCGCCUUCGUUCGGGCACAUGGGAGGAAACCCCCUGCGAGCACCGCGUCCCCCCGCGCACCCUCCAGCACACCAUUUCCCAGCGCAGCUCCGAAGACAGCUGGUGCUCGGGCUCCGACCCCGAGCUGUCCUCCGACGGCGAGAGCGACCGGAGCGCCACCUCCAACUCCAGGGUCAACAACACCCAAUUCCGUAACACUUUGAACAAGGCCAAAACGUUAUGCGAUAAGUUGAGGGCAAGCGGAGGCAUCGGCUCCAACCACAGGUUGUCCCUCGACGGGAGUCUGACCGAUGCCUCCUCCCAGAACCAGGCCAACCAGGGCAAGCUGUCGAGGUGGUUUUCCAUCAGAAGGGGCAGCGCACAUCACUACGAUAUCGAGAAUGUGGACGGGACCAAAGCGCCACCGGCGAAUAAAAUGCCUCUUCUGCCAGAGGUGGAGGAGGAGAAUGUGUUCAAUUGCUCGGCGCAACAGAGGAGGCAAGUGCCUCCGGCGCUGCCCCCGGCGCCGCCAAACUUGACGACGCAGCAGAUGAAGAGGAGGAUGAUCGUCGCGGCGAUUGUACAUAGCGAGAAUUCGUACGUCGCGACGCUGCAGAGGCUAGUCAAUGAUUAUAAAAAGCCUCUGGAGGAAAGCAGCCCUGCGAUUUUGAGUGGUUCGAAAAUCGCGACGCUGUUCCACAGACUCCCGGAGAUACUCCAGUGCCAUACUUUGUUCCGGAUCGCGCUCGCCGAAAGCGUGCGUAACUGGGACCGAGACGAAAGAAUCGGCGACGUGUUCGUGGCUUCCUUCUCCAAAGCCAUAGUCCUCGACAUCUACAGCGGUUUCAUCAACAACUUCUCCGUCGCGAUGGACUUGGCGAAGAUGGAAGCCAAACGAAAAUCCGCGCUGGCCGACUUUCUAAAAGUGAAACAGAUCAGCUCGCACGAUCGGUUAUCAUUCUUCGGCCUCAUGGUGAAGCCCGUGCAACGGUUCCCGCAGUUCAUCCUCUUCCUCCAGGACUUGCUGAAGCACACGCCGCAAGGCCACCACGACCGCAUGUCCCUUCAGCUGGCGCUGACCCAGCUCGAGUCCCUCGCCGAGAUGCUCAACGAGCGAAAAAGAGAAGCUGAACAGUACCAAGCGUUCAAAGAGAUGUUGCGCCACAUCAGCGGCAAAUUCUCAGCGAGGCCUUUGUCGGAUUGCAACAGAUACUUGUUGCGGGAAGAUAACGUGAUGCAACUGGAGUAUAACCAAAGCGGCAUGAUCACAAAGGCGAAGAACCGGCGUUUGUUGUUGUUGAACGACUUGAUCGUGUGCGUUUCCGUGGCCCCGAAAGCGUCGGACGACUUCGGGGCGAGCGAAAGACUGAACUUGAAGUGGACCUACCCCGUUUCGGAUAUAGAGAUUCAGGAUACGAGCGCGUCCCCGACGCUGAGUCGAGUAUUGACGGCGGGACUCACCAAAGGCGGUAGUGUCAAGUCGAACGGGUCCUUCGACGGGCAACAGCCGCAGGACGCCAACAAUUUGUGCACGGAAAUGAGCAAUUUGAUGCACGAUUACGAGAUCAUGAGUCGGAUUUCGGACCUGGUGGGGUCGCUCAGAGGUACUUAUAAGGAUAUCACGGUGGAAAACACGCGGAAGAUCCUGCAGCAAAUACAAACGUCGAUUCAGCAGAAGGACGAAGAGAUGGCCUGGGUCGACUCGUGUUGUUUGCAGCUCGUGGUGAAAACCAAAGGGAAAGAGGAGACUUUCACGUUCAAGACCGACAAUCCGUCGAUUAAGAAGGAGUGGAUUACGGAGUUGAGGUUGGCGCAGUUGGCACUGGACCCUAACAACUCCCCGGCGUGGGAGGUGCCCGAGCAGGAGCAACGACCGUCGACGAAGAUGCCGCUCUUCGUCAAAUCGCAGUGUGUUUACAAGUCACAGCAUCAAACCGAAGUCCGCUGUGGUUGCUACUACACUGUGAACUCUGUAAAGACUACGCGCCGCCGCUACCGCACCCAAAACUACCUCUGGAUCUGCACGUCGGAUGGCGCCAGUAGUCACAUCGCGGUUCUCGCCCAACACCACCAACAAUCCAGCGUGCUGAAAGACAUCACCUCCUUCAGUCUAGUGGAAACGCAAGUAACUUCGAUGGAGUUCGUCAAAGGGGCGCCGCCGCCGUGCCCGAGUCUGGCGUCCGACACGGUCUGGAUGGGCACCGACAGCCACCGCCUCCUAGUGUACGCCGCCGACGAGCCCGAAAAACAAGAAGAAGUGGCCAGCGUGGCCGUCUCCGACGUCAUAACCCAAAUUAAAUGUCACUGUGAUAGCGUAUUCGUCGCCUUAGCUAACGGAACCUUAAAUGUAUAUAGACGCAACUUAAUCGACGGCGGGUGGUUGCUGCAAGAACCGCAAGUGCUCGACCUAGGCACCGACCCCGUCUCCAGCCUCUUGCCCAUCAACACGUGCUUGUAUGCAGCCUGCGGCAAGAAAGUCUGGGUGGUCAACGGCCUCACCGGCGAAAUCCAGAAGAACUUCAGCAUCCAGCACGAGCACGUCGGCAACGUUAACCUAAUGGCGCACAGCGGCAUCGGUUUGUGGAUUUCGCUGAAGCACUCGAGCACCAUCUGCUUGUACCACACGGAGACGUUCAAGCACCUGCAGGACAUCAACAUAGCGUCGAACGUCAUGCGGGUGACGACGCCGUCGAGUGGCCGCGACUGUGUUAACAACAAUCGGUCGCAAGUUAACGUCACGGCGCUGUUAGCUUGCAAGGGUUUGUUGUGGGUGGGUACGAACGUUGGUAUUACCCUCACCAUUCCCCUACCGCGACUCGAGGGCGUGCCGAUCAUCAGCGGGCGUGUCAAUAUUUCGUACCACGCCCAUUUCGGACCGAUCUCGUUUCUCUUAGCUUUGCAACCAAAGAGUGGGACCAACUCCGGGAAGUACUCGAAGGAGUCUCCCCCCACGCAAGAUAGCCUCGACGGGAGUUUCGCGGAAACGCCGCAGGACGACCGCCCCAAAAUGGAAAAACAACUGUCGGAUACAUCCAUGGCGUCGAAGUUGCGCUACUUCACGAGUAGCCCAGUCGUGCUGCGCCGGCGCAGAUCCAAAGACUGCGACAUGUCUCGUCUGUCGAAAACGUUGCCGAGAGGUUUCGGCAACGGUGGAUCCAUCUUCUCGACUAGUAGUAACUCGUCGCAGGUGUCUGGCGACACGUGCGACGUUUACGGUCUCUAUGGCGAACUCAUGUACAUCAAAGAUUACGAAGGUGAAGAGAACAUCCUCACUGACGCUAUUUAUGAGUCAUUACGGCGCAGUGACCCCGAGUUGGCUCUUCCAAACAAAGUCAGCACGCUAGAUCGCAGAUUGAAGAUGAAGGUUAGUCGACCCAGGUCGCUGGAUUUGUCUAAUUGGUCGGUGGAUUCGCGCUCGUCGAGUUUAUGCACGUCUUCGGGGAGCGAAGAGAGCAUGGCGAUACGACACGGUGCGGGUCGGAGCGUGUCGCGGAAUAAUUCUAGCGUGAGCAGACAGUUGAACGGAGUGAACGAAAACGUCGAGAAGGAAAAACCGGCGACGAAGACGUUGAGUAAAGGGGGUGCGGUGGAUAAUGCGCGACGGACAGUGAUUACUCUGAUGGGAGGGAGAGGGUACGUGAAUUUCAGGCAGCCGUGUUGUCCGGCGGAUAAGUCGAAGAGCUCGUUCUCGAUUAGGGAAUCCAACAGGAAUGACGCCCAUAUUGUCAUAUGGGAGCUGAAAUUGUGAUGAUUCGGCCUAAGUAUUCAUAAUGGCGGAUAUUUUUGUAACUGUGUAAAAUACGUGUAGGUUUAUUUUUUAUUUAUUUGUUGUAAAGUUUUUUUUUUAACUUAACGAGUCGGAUGGAUGUUUUUAGUACUUGAUUUGUUAGGUUUUUUAUUAAUGUGCCCUGUUAUAUUGCUACUAGUUGCAUGUUUAAGUAUAAUGAAUUUAUUACUGUUCACUGUGUUAUAUCAGAGCAUUUAUUGAAAAUAAAUCCAAAUGCCACGUC